CUUUUGAGUGUGUUUGUUCAGUUUCGUCAACUCGUUGAGAAGUUCUUUGGUCUCCCUAUAAAAUCCUUUCAAUCCGACUGGGGUGGUGAGUAUGAGGCGCUUUCAACUUAUCUUGCCCACCAUGGUAUAGUUCAUCCUUCUUCUUGUCCAUAUACUCCUGAACAUAAUGGUUGUGUUGAACGUAAACAUUGUCAUAUAGCCACCAAUUGUCUUGUAAUGUUACAUCAUGCACAUGUCCCUCUUAAAUAUUGGCCUCUUGCUUUUGACACUGCAUGUUAUCUCAUUAAUCGCACUCCCACACCUCUUCUUCAAAAUACUACUCCAUUUGCUACUUUGUUUUCUCGUGAUCCUGAUGUUCACAAUCUUCGUGUCUUUGGUUGUUUGUGUUAUCCUUGGCUCCGUCCUUAUGUAGCUCAUAAACUUGCCCCUCGCUCUGUUGCUUGUGUUUUUCUUGGCUAUCGUAAGCUACACAAAGUUUAUCUAUAUUAGUCGCCACGUUCUAUUUGACGAAAAAGUGUUUCCUUUUGCAGAUCUGAAGUCCGGCCCACAACCAAAGUCCUCAACCCAUGACCCUACUACGCCUAUUCUUUUGCCUACUCUACCCACUAUUUCUCUUGGCCCAUCUCUCUCCCCCCCCCCCCCCCUCCAUCUGUCAGCCCACCACCUACUACUGAAGCCCACAACCCUCAAGACUCUCCAACCCUUGCCCGCCCUGUUAUGCCCUCCUAACCCGUCGCCCACCGUUCCCAUUCUGCCCCUAUCCACCGUUGUCCUACCCUCUUCCACCACUACCCCCACCCUCUGCCUCUCGCAUUCAACCUCCUCCAGCUACCCUAUCUACCCGUCCUUGGUUCAGUACUUCCCCUCGCCUCAUACCAUCUUCCUCUACUACUCCUCCUCCUCCAAGAUGAAUAGUCACAUGCCAGCAAACUGGGAAUCUAAAACCCAAACAAUUUCUGGCGGCUGCUCCAUGUUUGCUCCCGUCCACCGUCGCCCAAGCCCUAUAAUCUCCACACUGGAACUCGACAAUGACGACUGAGUUUCAUGCCUUGAUUCGCAAUCAAACCUGUGAUCUGGUUCCCCCCCCCCCCCCACCUAACUGCAAUAUCAUCUCCUAUCGUUGGGUCUAUGCGAUUAAGACUCAUUCCGAUGGCUCUGUCAAACAUCAUUGCGCACGCCUUGUGGCUUUUGGUUUUGAGAAGGUACCCGGCCACGAUUUCACAGAGACUUUUAGUCCCGUGAUCAAACCUGCCACGCUGCGCUUAAUCUUAGGUAUUGCCAUUUCCCAUUCUUGGCCUCUUCACCAACUGGAUAUAUCCAAUGCGUUCCUCCAUGGCACCCUAGAAGAAGAAUUUUAUAUGCAGCAACCUAAAGGCUUUGUUGAUAAGGAUCAUCCGAAUUAUGUGUGCAAACUGCGGAAGUCCAUUUACGGCUUGUGCCAGGCUCCUCGCUGCUAGUUCAAAUGCUUGUCUGCUGCCAUUCGUGACUUUGGUUUUCAGGCUUCCAUGACUGAUCCCUCCCUCUUUAUCUUUCGCAAUCCAACAGCAACACUCUACAUGCUGGUGUACAUUGAUGAUAUUGUUAUCACUGGUAAUAACUCUGGCCUUCUACAGCGCCUACUCUCUUUUCUGCACACUUGAUUUUCCCUUCGUGAUCUUGGUGACUUAUCCUAUUUCCUUGGGUUGGAGGUUCAUAAGACUUCCACUGGUAUUCUACUCAAUCAUUCCAAAUAUGUCUGUGAUAUUCUGGAGAGGUCAGGCAUGGCUGAUGCCAAACCAAUUACUACUCCAUGUACAAGUGAUCUUAUUGUGGAGUGUGUUAUGGACGCAUCCGCUGCUUUCUCUGAUCCUGGGCUAUAUCGAAGCAUUGUUGGCGGCCUGCAAUAUCUUAGCUUCACUCGGCCGGAUAUAUCCUUUGUUGUGAACCAUGUUUCCCAGUAUCAGCAGGCCCCAAAGGAAGUUCAUUGGUCUGCUGUUAAGCGCAUUUUGCGCUACUUACAGGGGACUAUCACACGUGGUCUGGUCUUCAAUCGCUCAUCCAGCCUUCACGUACAUGGAUAUUAUGAUGCCUCUUUUGCUUCUUGUCCCCAAGAUCGGAAAUCAGUCACCAGCUUUGCAGUUUUUCUCGAGAGUAACUUGGUCUCUUGGUCUACUCGUAAACAGAAAUCGGUGGCGCGUUCCUCUACUGAGAGUGAAUACCGGGCACUGGCUACUCUUGCCUGUGAGGUAAUAUAGUUACAGGCACUUCUUUCCGAACUUGGCCAGCCCAUUUCCUCUUCUCCGGUGCUUUGAUGUGACAACCUUGGGGUGACAUACUUAGCUCAUAAUCUUGUUUUCCACAAUCGAUCCAAACAUAUGGAGAUAGAUUUUUAUUUUGUUCGCGAUCGUGUUGCCAAGGGCCAGUUCCAUGUUCGCUACUUACCUGCCACUGAUCAAAUAGCCGAUGUGCUUUCCAAGCCCCUCACUCGGCUUCCCUUCCAUCAGUUCUGUUCCAAAUUUCACCUGUCCGAGGUUUCACUUGUGGGGGCGUGAUAGGGAUAAAUAUAUCUUAUAAUUAGUG